CGUCUCGUCGGCAGCGGCUGGGUCGGGUCCGGGUCCGGGUCCGGGCCGGGCAGAGCGAGGGCGGCUCGCGGGUAGCCUGGUGCUUGCGCUGGUGACGCGGAGGAGGCCGGCGGGGAGGAUGGAGCUGCCCAGGCUGCUGCUGUGCGCGGCGUCCGCGGCGCUGCUGCUGUUGCGGGCCCGGGCCGACGAGCACGAGCACACGUACCAAGAUAAAGAAGAAGUCGUUCUUUGGAUGAAUACAGUAGGACCUUACCACAAUCGCCAAGAGACAUACAAAUACUUCUCUCUUCCCUUCUGCGUGGGAUCAAAAAAAAGCAUCAGUCAUUAUCAUGAAACACUAGGAGAAGCACUUCAAGGAGUUGAAUUGGAAUUUAGUGGUCUGGACAUUAAAUUUAAAGAUGAUGUAAUGCAGACCACAUACUGUGAAAUUGACUUGGACAAAGCAAAGAGAGAUGCAUUUGUGUAUGCUAUCAAAAAUCACUAUUGGUAUCAGAUGUAUAUUGAUGACCUGCCAAUAUGGGGUAUUGUUGGUGAAGCAGAUGAAAAUGGGGAAGACUAUUAUCUUUGGACCUACAAAAAACUUGAAAUUGGUUUUAAUGGAAAUAGAAUUGUGGAUGUGAAUCUGACAAGUGAAGGAAAGGUCAAAUUGGUUCCAAAUACCAAAAUCCAAAUGUCAUAUUCAGUGAAAUGGAAAAAAUCAGAUGUGAAGUUUGAAGAUCGAUUUGACAAGUACCUUGACCCAUCUUUCUUUCAACACAGAAUUCACUGGUUUUCAAUUUUCAAUUCCUUCAUGAUGGUCAUCUUUCUGGUGGGUUUAGUGUCUAUGAUAUUAAUGAGAACAUUGCGAAAAGAUUAUGCACGAUAUAGCAAAGAAGAAGAAAUGGAUGAUAUGGACAGAGAUCUGGGUGAUGAAUAUGGGUGGAAACAGGUCCAUGGCGAUGUUUUUAGACCAUCCAGUCAUCCUUUAAUAUUUUCAUCGCUUAUUGGCUCUGGUUGCCAAAUCUUUGCAGUUUCUUUCAUAGUUAUCAUUGUUGCAAUGAUAGAGGAUUUAUACACAGAGCGAGGAUCAAUGCUUAGUACAGCUAUAUUUGUUUAUGCUGCAACAUCCCCAGUGAAUGGAUAUUUUGGAGGAAGCCUUUAUGCUAGACAAGGAGGAAGGCGAUGGAUAAAGCAAAUGUUCAUUGGGGCUUUCCUUAUUCCAGCGAUGGUGUGUGGCACUGCCUUCUUCAUUAACUUCAUUGCCAUCUAUUAUCAUGCUUCACGGGCUAUUCCCUUUGGAACAAUGGUGGCAGUAUGCUGUAUCUGUUUCUUUGUUAUUCUUCCAUUGAACCUUGUUGGUACAAUUCUUGGCCGAAAUCUGUCGGGCCAGCCCAACUUUCCUUGUCGUGUCAAUGCUGUGCCUCGUCCGAUACCGGAGAAAAAAUGGUUCAUGGAACCAGCUGUUAUUGUUUGCCUAGGUGGAAUCCUCCCUUUUGGAUCAAUUUUCAUUGAAAUGUAUUUUAUUUUCACUUCAUUCUGGGCUUACAAGAUCUACUAUGUUUAUGGCUUCAUGAUGUUGGUGCUGGUUAUCCUCUGCAUUGUGACAGUCUGUGUGACCAUUGUAUGUACGUACUUCCUGCUAAAUGCAGAGGAUUAUAGGUGGCAAUGGACGAGCUUUCUUUCUGCUGCAUCAACUGCAAUCUAUGUUUACAUGUAUUCCUUUUACUACUACUUUUUCAAAACAAAAAUGUAUGGCUUGUUUCAAACAUCAUUUUACUUUGGUUAUAUGGCGGUAUUUAGCACAGCCUUGGGGAUAAUGUGUGGAGCUAUUGGUUACAUGGGAACAAGUGCCUUUGUUCGUAAAAUCUACACUAAUGUGAAAAUUGACUAAGGAAAUAAGAAAACUGAACUAUGGAUCAGUUACUGUUUUCAAUGGGGGAUGAACUUGCACAACAAAAAGCGCAAGAAGAGAGUUGGGUUUUAACACUGGGCCUCGCAUGGGUCUCCAUUUUGUGGAUGGCUUAAAGUAACAUCUAUUUUCAUUGAUCCUAGAUUCUUACUGACUGCUUUCUCCAACUGUUCACAGCAAAUGCUUGGAUUAUAUGCAGUAGGCAUUACUACAGUACAUGGCUAAUCUUCCCAAAAAAACCUAGCUCAUUAAAGAUGAAUAGGCUAGCUCUCUUCAGUGAAGAGGACAAACAGUUUAUUUCAAGAAUUUGUUCCAUUCAGUAAAAAGAGGGAAACUUGGCUGCUAAAACUGCUUGAUUAGUAGUCUUCCUGGUACUUAACAUUUCUAAAUUAUCUAAAAAUGCUGUUCCAGAAAGAUUACUUUUCUGGUUUUCACUGCCAUUGUCAGGAUAGAAGUAUGUUUUGCAUUUUGACUCUGGGUGCUUCUUUUGGUUCAUUUGCAGUAUCAACUAUCCCUACACCCAUUUGUCUAAAAAAUAAUUUUAAAACUAUAUUAAACUCACCUGCAUGUAAUAUAUCAGCGAUCAUUCUAGUUGGACCAACUUCCCAUUUAUUUAUCUUUAAAGUAAUAUCCAGCUAAAUCUUAAAACCAUCCAAAGAAGAUACAGUCUGAAAACAGUGCAAUUUACUGUACAGUUAGAAAGCAAAAUGUUAAAUGAAGAGGAUGCUGUUUGUUUUUAUUAAAAGUUUUGAGGUCUAGAUUAAAACAAAACCAACGUUUUAACUGAA